CACAGCCAGCGCUUGUGGAGCAGCUGCGCGAGAGGAGGAGAGCUCGCGCGUCACGGAGGAGCGUCGGUAUGUGUGCGCUCGCGCCGUGCUCGGUGAACGGGAUUACGUGUUACUGCUGCACGCGCCGCGACUGAGCUGAAGAUGGACGAGUCGUCGCUGCUGGAUUUACUGGAGUGCUCGGUGUGCCUGGAGCGGCUGGACGCGAGCGCCAGGGUGCUGCCGUGCCAACACACGUUCUGCCGCCGCUGCCUCGAGAGCAUCGUGAGCUCGCGCCGCGAACUGCGCUGCCCCGAGUGCCGCGUGCUGGUCGACUGCGGCGUCGACGAUUUACCGGCCAACAUCCUGCUCGUGCGCCUCCUGGACGGCCUGAAGCACCGCGCGCCCGUGCGGCCGUUAGGCACCGCGUCGCCCCCCGGUACCGCGGUGCGGGACUCGCCCAGCGCCACGCGCAGCUCUCCAGUCAAGAACGUCCCUCAGCUGCCCUGCGGCAAGGCGCUCUACAGCUACGAGGGCAAGGAACCCGGCGACCUCAAGUUCAACAAGGGUGACAUCAUCAUCCUGCGACGGAAAGUGGACGAGAACUGGUACCACGGAGAGCUGAACGGCAGCCACGGCUUCCUGCCGGCGAGCUACGUGCAGUGCAUCCGGCCGCUGUCGCAGACGCCGCCGCAGGGGAAAGCGCUCUACGACUUCGAGAUGAAGGACAAAGAGCAGGACAAAGACUGCCUCACCUUCACAAAGGACGAGAUUCUCACGGUGAUCCGCAGAGUGGACGAAAACUGGGCAGAAGGCAUGCUGGGAGAUAAAAUUGGCAUUUUUCCCAUCCUCUAUGUGGAGCUGAACGAAGCAGCCAAGCAGUUGAUGGAGAUGGAUAAACCAGUCCCCGGGCCUAGCGCUGACUCAGAAACCCCAGCAUCCUGCCACGGCGAUGGCCAUGGCGACGCCCCACGGCAACGGGCAGAAGGAAAGAAGAAUGCAAAGAAGCGUCACUCGUUCACAGCACUGAGCGUGACGCAGCGCACAGCGCUCGCUAACAACAACCGCCACUCCAUGGAAAUCAACGCGUCUGAUCCGAGAGCGAGGGUCGGAGAGUACGCACAUCUCAGCUCUAGCGCUCCAACCUCACAGGACUCGUCGUUUAACGCCGGAGCCGUGGUGCAGCCUCGAGUGACUCCGACUUCUGGAGAACUUCUCGCUGCUGCAAAAGUUCAGCUUCCUCUAAACAUCUACUUGGCUUUGUACGCGUAUAAACCCCAAAAGGCAGACGAGCUGGAGCUGAGGAAAGGAGAAAUGUACCGCGUGAUGGAAAAGUGUCAAGACGGCUGGUUCAAGGGAACUUCACUGCGCAGUGGUGCCUCCGGAGUUUUCCCCGGAAAUUACGUCACCCCUGUGUCCAGAGCUCCGUUUGCAGUCGGCCAAUCACGUGCUUGCAUUCCCGGAUCAGUGAUUAAGCCGGUUCCUGGUUCUCCUGGAUCGCCCCGCCCCUCCAGCCCAGUCCUGAUUGGCCCUGCUUCCCGCGCUGUCCCUCACAUGACCACAAACCCUGCGCCUUCCCUGGUAACAAGCCCCGCCCCUUCACUUGUCACAAGCCCCGCCCCUUCACUGACCUCAAGCCCCGCCUCCUCUCCACACCUGAAGAACUGCCUGCGAAUGUGCAGCCAGCCACAGCUGGGAGGCAGUCCUCACUCCUCCCCCUCUCGAUCUCCCACCCCUCUGUGUACCCGCCCCGCCAUGAUCUCAUCACCUCAGGUUCAUCCAGUUAGCUCACUCAACUUGGGCGUCGCUCACCUGAAUGGGGUGGAGCCUCCGGAAUGUCCAUCAUCACCCAAGAUGGAGGAAAAGAAAGCUGAGAAGAAAGAAAAAAAGAGCGGCGUCCUCCUCAAGCUGCUGAAGAAGAAAUCUCGCUCGCCACCUUCCUCGUCCCCGACCCAUGACCCUACGUCCUCUUCCACGUCGGCUUCCUCCUCGUCCUCCACCUCCUCCUCCUCUUCUGCAGCCAUUCACGGGGCCACAGCUGCAGAUUUUCAGGUGUUUAGCCGCGCCGGCUCGUGCCCUAUCGAGAGCGACAUGCAGGGAGCCGCGGGCAUCGAACCUCUGAACAGGAAGUGCGGCUCGCUCGACCUCGACCUGGCACCGCGCCAGCCGUUCUUUUCUCCCACGUCCUCUUCCUCAUCCUCCACUUCCUGUUCCGCGAUGCUGGCCAUCCGUCCUGAACCCAAACCCUUAUCACGUGAGAGAUAUCGUGCUGUGGUGCCGUAUCCUCCCCAGAGCGACGCUGAGAUCGAGCUGAAGCAGGGCGACAUCGUUUUUGUUCACAAGAAGCGCGACGACGGCUGGUAUAAGGGAACUCUGCAGCGCACCGGACGCACCGGCCUUUUCCCUGGCAGCUUCGUCGAGAGCUUCUGAGGAUUCAGAAAAAAAAAAUCCCUCAGCAAGGUUUACGGAGUUUCAUCGCUUCACCUUGGCAGCUUUGCCGAGAGCCUGUGAGCGCUCAGAAACAUUCACAAGUGUUCAAAACAAUGAAUUAAAAAAAAUUCAACAGCUUGAAGAAUGUGUGGAAGAAAAAGGUUUACAGAGUUUCUGCGUCUAAAAAAAAAAUCAAACAUCUUAGAAGUGGCUCCUUCUGAAGAUCAUCAGUCGAGUCUCCGGUAACUCAAGGAAGGUUUCUUUGGUCCAUCGUCUGUUCAAACUGUUACCUCAGAGUCAUUCUCCACUGCACAGUUACCCAACGAGCACAAAGUAAAAUGGACUUUAAACACACACCACACACACACACACCUCACGACAAUGCCUUUCACACAAGGAUCCUGAGGAAAGUUUGCUAAAAAUUGAAUUUGAGUCCGAAAGCCGGCCACCGCUUCACCUUCCGCUCCUUAGCUAUGUUUACACGCACGCCAAAACUCCAAUAUUAGUCGUAUCAUGAUGUUUACAUUUCCAACUAGCUAAUACACUGAUAUUUUUUAAAAUGUUUGUAGGUUUUAUCCCUUUGUUUCCCGUCCGAAAAAAACGCACAAACAAUUUAAAAAUGCUCGCAGUAGGUGGCGACAGUUUACCGUAAAAUGCUACGUCUGGAAUAACGUUAAGAGCUGCGUAUUGAGCGAGAGAUGACCAUACGGUUAGUUUGUAGGAGCAGCACCGAGCUCAUCGUAUUCUGGUAGAACAAUAAAACAAAGCGAAAUUGAAGUGUUUUAAUCUCAAUAAGAAAUGACCGAGCGCAAAGUAACGACCUGGUGAUGAGCCGUGAUAAACUCGCACUUGUAUCCUCCGUUCAGGGUGUUUUGUUUUCAGUGACCCAGAACUACGUUUUCAGAAAUGUCCGUAUACACGUGGGCGGAGCCUGACUAAAACCCAGGUGGAUAUUAUUAACAUGCGGUGCAGGAUACUUAGAGAUGGUUAGAUGUUUGAAAACACCUAAAUGCAGACAUUGUGAAAGGCCUCAGAAGGCAGGAAGAUUGUAAGUGCGUAAAACGCAUCACUAGGUUCCUUGAUACAUUUAUUCAGGCUAUCGUGUGCGUUUAAACGUAGCUAUUUACCUGUCGAGCUGAAAGAACAAAAGAUAAAUAAAUAAAUAAAUAAAUAAAUAAACAAACAGCAGCUUUAUCUUGAGCUUCGAAAUGUCUCAGCAACUCCCAGAAUGUUAGCGUUUACAGAGUUUUAUUGUUUACCUCAAAAUCGCACUCCGUCACUCGAAAUCCACGACCCGGCGAGCACAGAGGAGAAACGUGGAAUCCCUCGAAACGACAAAAGUGAGCUGUGAAUACAGAAAUUGAUUAUAGAGUGAGUGUAAAAAAGUACUUCCCUUUUAUUCCCCCCCUUUACGUCUCAUCCAGUCAGUAAAACGUUAUAUUAUUACACCUUUUAUCAUUUACACAGUGUGAGUAAAUUAGAAGCAAAACAAGAGUAAAUGAUAAAAGGAGGAGUAAAUAAUUAAUAUCACCUUAUUUACUGUUUAUUAUUUAUUCAUGUUAUUCACUCACUCUUCAAUCCAUUUUUGUACUGAGUUACAUAUUCGACUCAUUAAUGACUUAUUGUUCGAAAAAUGGCACAACAAGUCCCUCGACAUGUCAGGAAGGAAAAAAAGCACGUAGACGUGAGCAAUGCCUACGUUUCAUCGGCCUGAAAAGUGGCACAACUUUUUGUAAAUGGAUCAGUUUUUUUUUUAAUUCUUGGGAAAAAGAAAAUCUCAAUCCUAGAUUGGAUACAUGGUUAGAUUUUAAUUUUUGUGAGGAUUAACAUGGGUUAAAAAAAUGGUAGUAAAAAUCCCGUGAUGAUCUCUGCGUCUGAUCACGAGGUGAUGGAGUGGUGCGUCAGGUCGGCUCAGGACAACGACAUGGGUACGGGUCGCCUACAAACAUGAAUGUGUCACGGCCGAAAGAUCGAAUCUGAGCAAAACGUUAUAACUGAGAAAUUCGGCUUGUACAGGGGAACAGAAUUCCACAAGUCCUCAUUUUUUUUGUUGUUGUCGUUGUUGUUUCACUUUUUGCUGAAUGAUUAUCCUCAAAACAAGCUCAAAGCAAAAUGGGCAAAGCAUUGAAAAAAGUUUCAUUACCUCAGAAUAAGUUUGUGGCACAAAAUGACAGUUAAAGCACAGCAAGCUCUGACACACACACACACACACACACACACACACACAUACACACACACUCUGAGCACAAAGAGGACACUGGGUUUGAUCUCGUACUAAUGUGAAGUGAAAACGUCUCUCCUCAUUUCUGGUAAGCUUGUAUCGUCCCAGAUGGUACAUUUAUUUCCUCAUUUUCCUCCACAAUAUGGUCACCUGCGAAUCCCCGCCCACUAACCACACAUCCGCUACCAACAGAGGAGGGUGUGCUCUCUGCCCUCUUCCUCAUACGUGAGCUCAUACAUGCCCGUGAUUCGCUGGUCUCACUGUGAUUGACAGGAAAGAAAGUAUGCCCCUCCCACACAGACAGCACAGCCAGUUUGGUUCAUGUGACUGUCGAUGUCACUGUCGGGAUUCGAACUCACGCCACUGGAGAGCUGGAAAUAUUAUUAAUCAAUAUGUUUUUAAUUAAAAACACCUUAAACCAGGGGUGUCAAAUUUACAGACCGUGAUAACAGACAUGAGAGAGAUAAAUUCAUUAAUUGGAAUUACAUUUGAAUCAUCUUGUGAGUUAAGGUUUAAAAAAAAAAAACAGCGAGUCUCAGUUUGUCCACUAGGGGGCAAAACAGAGCAAUAAACUCAGCUACUGAGGAAAAGUGUGCUGAUGAUGUGAUUCUAAAAAGUUGACGCUGUUUUAAAAAUAAUUUAGGGGGUUCACAGGAAGGGGGGCGAAUACUUUUUGAAUAAUCAGCCGGCUCCUGAGGGGUCUCGUUUUCACUGGCGUCUCCCAUCAGAGAGGAAAGUGUGCAAGUGGAACCACAUUUUCACUGAACAAUGUGAACUAGUCCUCAUAAUCAUGAUGAGAUUAGCAUCGGAAUGUACACUGGAUUCGCGGAUUUAGCACAAAUUCAGCGUCGAUUAAAAGAAUUUCGCACAAAUUUGAUCAACUUCCCACACGUUCGCCAGCGAGGGGGUGGAUUUAGGACAGUGUUAGCGUCUGAAAUGUGCUACACAUUGCUCGGAUUUAGCGGCGGUUGUUGGAGUUCAUCGCACGUUUAUGGAAUUAACUACGAAUUUUAACACAGACUCCAGAACUUUCCGUAAUAUUUAGCACCACUUCAAGAAAUUAGCAUCAAUCUACCAGCAAUUGAAAGAGUUUUAGCACAAAUUCAGCAGCAAUUUUCUUUAAAAAUAAAAAUAAAUAAAGCAAGCCUGGAUUGGGUCGUGUCUCGAUUCUCAGAACAGCUAGCUAAUUCACACACAAAUACAAAUAAACAAAUCCACCAUUUCUGCCUUUUCCUUAUAAUAUAUAAAACACCGUAUAAAAAAAAAACAAAAACACCGAUGCCUAGCGUGCUGUCCACAUCGCCAAAUCUUAAAGACAGCAUCAUAUGCUGCUUUUAUUUAUUUAUAAUUUUUUUAUAUAUAAAUUUGAUUCAACAUACCAAUAUUUCUUAUUUUAAUUCAUGUAAGUUGUUUUUACUUUUUCUGUUAAAAAUUGUACAAAAGUUGUUUUGAUUUUUUUCUUCUUUUAUUUAUGUUGAUUGUCAUUGUUAUGAAUUUGCACCACAGGAUUUUGUAUAUUAGCAUGCUAACUAGCUCUGUCGCCUCAGGCUGUUGUUUUCUUCUGGUUCCAAGUCGUUGCAGUCAUGUUGAUCACUUGAUUAGCUAACAUUCACUAAUGAUUAGCUAACAUUCGCUAAUCAGAUUUCCCACCUAUGAGGAGAGUAAUUCACUAAGCUAACUGAGCUGUUAAGCUAACUGUUCUUUGGUGCCGGUCUGUUGCUAGCUAGCUACUUGGCAGGGAAUUUUAACAAACAUAGGGAAAAAAAUAACAAACAAAAAAAAAAACUAGUUACAAAACAAAAUCCAAGAAAUGCAGAAAUCACUGUUUUUCACCGAGCCAUUUGUGAAUGUUUAAGAUUCUAACAUUGGGAUUAGCGAAUCGGUUGUCUUAGCUUUAUGGGGUGAUUUUUGAAAUAUGAUUUUAGCUAGCUAGUUUGGCACUAGUUUGUUACAACCUUACUGAUUAGCAUAGCUAGCUAUCAAAGCAAUGUUAGCUAAUGAUUUUUUUUUCCAUUGGUGCUUGUUUGUAGCUAGCUAGCAACAAAACAGAAGAUAUUUUUUUUCAUCCAGAAGAAAUAUAAAUGUUUACCAAAGCGGUAUGGGAAUAAACAUUGAUUCACCACUGUAACCAUGGCAACAGCUAGCAAAAUUUCAGUCAACACUUAUAAGGUUGGUUCUCUGGUUAAUCUGCUGCCUAGGUAGGCAGUAAGGAACUCGUUACGUAUUGAGACAAAGCCUUUUUGUUGCUUUUUUAUGAACCUUGCAAUGGAAAGACAAAGUUGUACUCUUUCGAUCUGUUUUUGUCCUGUUUUCGCUCUCAUUCGUGAAUUUAGUGCCAAUAUUCUCACAAGCACAAGUGCAUCUCCAUGUUGGAGAUCCGGGGUACAUGCCUGAUUUUAAAGAGAAACAUGGCUGCGUUGAGAAGAAAAGAAAAGAAAACAAUAUAUAUAAAUAUUUAAAAAAAUAUAUUGUGAAAACAUAUUUAUAGGCCAUUGGUGCUACAGUUGAGAUACUGAGGAAAACUGCCUCGUGAACUUUUGACAGUGUGUUCAUUUACACAUCGUCUUGUACUGACUACUUGUGACUUUUUUCAUGUAAAAAGUGCAUUUUAGCAAUAAAUGCCAUUGUUUUAAAAACA